CCGGGGGCCGGCCCUGCCCCGGGGGCGGCCCCGGCGCGCCCCGCCCGCCGGCGCGGCGCUGCGGUGGGAGCCGGGAGCGGCCGAGGAUGGCGGCGGCUCCGGCUCCGGCGGCGCGGGAGCUCACGCAGAACCCUCUGCAGAAGACGUGGGAGCCGUACGAUAACGGGCUGCCCGCGGGGCACAGCGCGCAGCGCGGCGUAUGUAUGACCAACUGCCCUACUCUGAUUGUCAUGGUGGGUCUCCCAGCAAGAGGAAAAACCUACAUCUCCAAGAAGCUGACACGCUACUUAAAUUGGAUUGGAGUGCCUACAAAAGAAUUUAAUGUUGGUCAGUAUCGGCGAGAUUUGGUGAAAAAGUAUAAAUCCUUUGAAUUCUUCCUGCCUGACAAUGAAGAAGGCUUGAAAAUCCGAAAGCAGUGUGCCUUAGCAGCGCUGAACGACGUCCGGCAGUACCUCAGUGAAGAGAACGGCCACGUGGCUGUCUUUGAUGCCACAAACACAACUCGAGAGCGGAGAGAAACUAUUUAUAAAUUUGGUGAAGAAAAUGGAUAUAAGACUUUUUUUGUGGAGUCUGUGUGUGUCGAUCCAGAGGUCAUUGCUGCAAACAUUGUGCAAGUAAAGCUGGGUAGUCCUGACUAUGUUGAUUGUAGUAAUGAUGAAGCAACAGAAGACUUCAUGAAAAGAAUAGAGUGCUACAAGAACUCAUAUGAGACCUUAGAUGAAACUCUGGACAAGGAUCUUUCUUACAUUAAAAUUAUGGAUGUUGGAAGGAGUUAUCUCGUGAACAGAGUGAUGGAUCACAUCCAGAGCCGGAUUGUCUACUACCUCAUGAAUAUCCAUGUGACUCCUCGGUCCAUCUACCUCUGCCGGCACGGAGAGAGCGAGCUCAAUCUGAAGGGCAGAAUAGGAGGAGAUCCUGGGCUGUCUGUCAGGGGCAAAGAAUUUGCCAAAAGCUUGGCACAGUUUAUUAACGAGCAAAAUAUCAAAGAUUUGAAAGUUUGGACCAGCCAGAUGAAAAGGACAAUUCAGACUGCUGAAGCCUUGGGAGUGCCUUAUGAGCAGUGGAAGGUUUUGAAUGAGAUAGAUGCAGGAGUAUGUGAAGAAAUGACAUAUGAAGAAAUACAGGAAAAUUAUCCGCUUGAAUUUGCACUGAGAGACCAAGACAAAUACAGAUACAGAUACCCUAAAGGGGAGUCCUAUGAAGAUCUUGUCCAGAGGCUGGAGCCAGUAAUUAUGGAACUCGAAAGGCAGGAAAAUGUGCUUGUCAUUUGUCACCAAGCUGUCAUGCGCUGUUUGCUUGCAUAUUUCCUUGACAAGCCUGCAGAACAACUGCCCUACCUGAAGUGCCCAUUGCAUACUGUCUUAAAGCUAACCCCAGUGGCUUAUGGAUGUAAAGUAGAAUCUAUAUUUCUGAAUGUUGAAGCUGUAAACACACACAGAGAUAAACCUGAGAAUGUAGGUGUGAAUAGAUCAAGAGAAGAAGCUUUGAGGACAGUCCCCACCCACCUAUAGCUGCAGCUCCCGGGGCAGCAGCCCUUCCUCCAGCAGCUCAGGGCCCGGCGGUGUCGGACGGGACGGGACAGGGUGGAGGCGCCUCCCCUGCCCUUCCAGACAUUCCCAAUGUGAUUCCGCUGCUUUGGACAAACCUGUGCUCGUGGAUAACUCAAAGGUAUCAGUAACAAGAUCGUGGGAAGCAGAGCAGAGUUGGUUUUAGAUUUUCCUUCUGUAAAUUUGUGCAGCUUCCGUGGGUUUUUACUGUUCGUCUGUGGAUCAUGCAAGGCGGUUAAUUGCCCGUGUUGAUUUUACUGUCAGAUUUUAACUAGAUUUUAUUUUCUUUUGUAAGUGUUUUUUCUAAGAGUUCUCUUAUUUUUACUGUGAAUGAUUGCCUAGAAUUACAUGGAGUUUUUUUGAUGGUGUAUUUAACAUGGGCAAAAUUCUACCUUUUGAGCACUGGAGACUUCAUGUUGCAAAGCUCCUUUAAAUGGGGGAGCCCAUCAGUUCUGAUAAUUGUUCUAUGUUUUAAAUUGAACAAUUCAAUUUAAAUUUAAUUGAACAAUUGAAUUGAAAUUUUGGUUUGUCAACCACAACUUUAAAUUUUCCUGCAGCUCACGAGGGAAAUGUUCCCUUUGGAAAAUUAAAGCAUUAAAUCUGGAUUUGGUACCUGUGAAAUUCUGCUGUUUUAGCAAGAUUUUAACACUUUCCAGAGACCAAGUGUAUUUUGGAGGGCAGUGGGGGGAUAUGAGUGUGAGUGACAGCUGGGGAAUGAAUCAAGAGAGAGAUGGAGAGAGACACAUCUUUUCUGCUGCAGAUAUGGGAGGGGAUGAGCAGCUUUUCUGAGUCUGAAGGGAGGGGAAAAGCUGCUUGCCUUGUUAGUGUUGUCAUUAUAUUUUUAGAGAAUUUUUGGAGUGAAUUUCAACAUAAGAGUAUCUGUUUCUCUUUUAUAGUCACAUUUAAUACGUACAUCAGGAAACAGUACAGAAAGGUUAGGUGAGUUUAACCAUCCUAACAGCUCAUGCAACAAAAACACCAGGUAAAUUCUGAAAUGAUUUUUAACAUGGCACACCUGCCUUAUAUUGUUUUUAAGCACCUUCCAUCAUCCCAAUUCUUCAUUGUUCUUUUAUGCCUAGUGAAACUCCAGUGCUAAAAAUGGAAUUUUCUGUGCCUGUCAAGGUCACAACCUUUUAACUGUACUAAAUCAAAGUGUAUUUUAUAUGUGUGUUGCCAGACAAUUGAAGUGAGCUGCCAGCACUGCUGCAGGCUCUAGCUCUGCAGUGAGAAGAACUGUUCUUUGGUAGCUGGCCUGUGUUUUUUCUCAAGAUUCUCUACAGUUAAUUGAGCUUUUACCAUGUAAGUUGUUGGAGUUGUUUUGUUUUUUUUCUUUCCUGAAUUCCUGUGUGAAAUACCAGGCCCUGGUAACAUAGUUUUGCAGGCAAGGGCUAAAUUGUCUUUUGUUUGUGCAGGGUUUAUAAAAGAAUGUGCUGCUGUUGUGAUUAAUUUUUUUUUUUAAUAAGCUAAAUUCAGCAAUAUAUUCAGCUCUGGAAGUAAGCCAUAGUGCAUUUCUGGGUUCUGUUUCAGAGGAGGAAUGACCAGGAACACUUGCUUCAAGCGCUGCUGUCUAAAGCUUUGUGUGUGUGUGUGUGUGUUAUGGUAAUGCCCAUUUCAGACCUUUAUUAAUUCAGCUGUGGCCCAUAGUUUUGUGGGGUGAGGAGAGAGCCUGCCUGGCACUGCUCAGAGGAGUGGAUUUAUUGAUGUGUGGUUAACAAGGCCACCUUUGUGGCACAACUGAAGGAGCAGUUUCCCCUCCCACUGUGGUGUGGGAAAGCUGGGCUGUGUCCCAGGCAGCCCUUGCUCCUCUGCUGGGACAGGAGGGGUGGUUAAACAGUUUUGACACUGAGAAUGCCAGCCUUUAUCUGUAAAAAUCCCAGGAGGCUGCAUUACAAACGUGGGAUUUUACUGGCAGAUUGUGAGCUCAGCCCUGGCUAAAGAAAUGUGGGCAGCAAUGUUUCCCCCAGUGAGAGCUGAGCCCAGGGUUGCUUCUCUUUGCUGGUGAGCACAGCUUGAAGUGUCUCCUCUUCCCCUUUGUUUUACCUCUCUGAUCUGUCAGAGGUGCUGUAACAUCCUCGAGGCUACAUGUUCUAUGUACAGUAGGUAUUUUUAUAGCCUGCUUUCAGAUAUACUGUGAUGAUUGUUUUACUACAAUGGAUGUUCAGUAAAAAAGAGUUGUAUACAAGUGUAAAUAAACUAUUGUGCUGAUACUUGAAGAGAAAAAAAAAAUGAAGUUGUUGGUUCUACGGUAGGAAGGUACUAAAUCAGUGACUGCAUCUGACCCUGGCUGGAGAGAGCAGGUGUAGAUGAUGAAUGUAGAUUUGAGCUGAAUGUAGAUUUGGAGUGAUGGGUGUAACCCUAACUGCUGUUCUGGGAAGGCACAGUUAAGAAUUGCAGUUAAUUGUCACUUUCUAAAAGUGUAUCCCCGACUCCUGACAGAACAGUCACUGGCAGGGGAGGGGAAAACCCUUGUCCUGACCUUCUGUGUUUGUACCAUUUGACUGCCUCUGUUCUGUGUGUGCCUGGCUCAGAUGCAGUCUCUCAAAUGGGAUUAAACUGUCCUUUCUUACAUCGUUGGCCUUUGUUGUGAUCUUUCAGACAAAUGUAAUCAUUUGACCUUUGAUCCAAGUAAUAAAGAUCAAAUGCUACAAGGUG